UGCCUGGCUGGGCGGGGCCGGAAGGGGCGGCGGCGGCGCCCCCCCUUCCGCGCCAGGCAGCCGGGGGCGGCGGGCGGGCGAGCAGGCGGAAAGGCGGCCGGUGCCCGAUGGAGGCGCCCCCCCCGCCGCUCCGCUUCUACGGCCAGGGCCGCCCCCCGGGCCAGGCAGGCGCCCCGCGGCCCCGCCCCGCCCGGAGAAGGACACGGAGCAGCAGAUUAUGGCGAACUCAACGGGACCGUUGGUGAACGAGACCCCUUCCUGACGUCUCCCGCUGCCGGUGACUCGUCUGGCCCCAUUUCCGUCGUUCCCAACGGCAGCCAGCCCGGCAGAGAGCUCAGCUUGGCUCUCAAGCAGACGGCGAAAGGCGGCAUGUUUGUCAAAGCUGGUCUGAAAACCAAGACCUUCAGCUUGAAAAACAGCCUGGACAGGAAGAACGAGCGAUGCCACGAGAGCCGAGCCAGAGACGGUCAGUCCUGGGACAAAACCGAGAUGCACCCCGUCCCCAACGGCAUCGUGGCCGACGGCUCUGAGUAUCUCGCCAACGGCUGUAUCGGCAAAGGGGCGGACAACGACGGCAGCGGCUCGGAGAGCGGCUACACCACACCCAAGAAGCGGAAAGGCCGGCGCAACAGCGCCAAGGGCUGCGAGAACCUGAGCCUGGGGCAGGAGAAGGUCGUGCCGUGCAGCCCCGUCCCGGCCUUGAAGCUGGAGACAGACCCCUUCAGGGCUGACGGAGGGGACCCAAAGACCGACACUCGGCCGGACGGCCUGAAACCCGCGUGGAAGUGUGAGCAGCCGGGCGGGCUGGGGGUGGGCCGUGGGAAGCCAAGCGGAGUUGGGGACAUGCUCCGGAAGGCAGCGGAGGCCAAAGUCGGACCGGCCGGCAAAAAGUUUGAGGAGCGUCCCAAGGGGAAGCACGUCUUGGUGUCAUCCUCGAAGGAAGAUUCUUGGACCCUCUUUAAGCCGCCCCCGGUUUUCCCCGUGGAUAACAGCAGCGCGAAGAUCGUUCCCAAAAUCAGUUAUGCAAGCAAAGUGAAAGAGAACCUCAACAAGGCAGCUCCUUCUCUGUCCUCCUCCUCUUCCUCCUCCUCCUCUUCCUCCUCCUCCUCUUCCUCCUCCUUGUGUUCGUCUUCUACGGGCGAGGUCCCAGUCCAGACUUCCAACCGCCUCUCCCAGGUCCCCAUGUCCGCCAUGAAGUCUGUUACAUCGGCCAGCUUUUCCAACGGGCCCAUCUUGGCCGGGGCUGACCGUGGGGUGUGUCCGGCCGGGGUCCAGGCCCUGCUGGUGCCAGCUGCUAGUACUGUCCUUUCGUCUUCUUCCAAACUGGCGGCCCAGGACGCUGGUCCCUCCGCAGUCGCCAUGGACCCGCAGAAGUCGAGCCUUUUCAUCUACCCGUCAAACAUGCACAGCCUGUUCAGCGUGGCGCCCCAGGCCGAGUCUCCGUUCCUGGCCACGCAGCAAAACCUCGGCGAUAUCUUCCAGAACCGGUGGGGGUUGUCCUUUAUAAACGAGCCCAGCGCGGGCCCGGAGACUUCGCCCAGGAACCCGACGGACAGCAAGGUGGCCGAAGUGACCUUCCAGGGGUCCUCCCCCACCACGUCGGUUCCUCAGGGGGCUGAGGCGUCUUCCGCUGGACCCGAACAGCCGGCCUUCCCCAAGGCCUAUGAGCUGGCCAAACGGACUAGUCCCCAGCUGUUGGGCGGACUCUUAAAGAUGGGGGCCACUGGGGAGGAGAGCGACCUCUUGUUAGAGCCUCACUUGCCGGGGGGCCUGCCCCAGGCUGAGCUGGGGCCCCCGGGGGCCUUUGUGUUCCUCGCCAAGGACUAUCACGUAGACAGCCACCUGUCUUCGCCUACGAACACUUUGUUAGUCUCCACCAAAGAGCAGAGGCGCCCCGGCAGCCUAGAACGGAAAGCCAGCUGUGGGGAGUUUGACCUGCGGGCGGCUGUUCUAUAUCACAUCCAAGAAAUGGAAUCUAUUUGUAAUUUACAAAAGCGAGACCCAAAACGGAUAAUCACUUACACCGAAGCCCUGGACACCCCCAGCACCUGAGCAGCAGCCGACGGUUUCCGCUGGGCACGUGGCCAGCCCCGUGGCCCAUACCCUGAAGGGGCCGCUGGGCCACUCUGGUCAUCUGAAUCCAAACCGCAGGAACAUCCCUUCACGUGUGUGUCCGUGUGUAUACCGAUGCACACCCGCAUAACACAAUCCCUAUUCUGGGCUUGACGAAACUCUACCAAGCUGGCAGAGACUCCCCUGUGAUUAUUUAAACCCCCACUUCCGAAUGUCCGGACCUUUCCCGAUUUCUCGUUUUUUCCUCCCCUUCGGCUCCCCCCGUUUCUUUUUUUUUUUCCCUCCCUCCUGUUAAAAUGAAACCAGAUGUGGGUAGAGACUUAGCUUGUCCCGUAGCUCUGAGCAUCGCGACCAGAAGCGUGUCAGGUUUUUGUCGUCGUGUUUUUCGGGGGCCUUUGCAAUCAUUGGUAACACACUAACCAGGAGGAAACUCUUCUGCACCCCCCUUUUCUUCACUGGCGGCUGGUGGGGAAAACAGGAAUUCAUCUUGGAUCUUCGCGUCUCCCCACCACCCUGGCGAAAAACGGAAGGGGAAAAAAAAAAGUGGAAAUUCAGACAGUUGCCGAAUUAGGGGGUUUCCCUUUUUGGGGUGCGGUGGGGGUGAUGUUUUCACGAAGAUACACCCAUCCUUCGAAUCCCUCGACCGUGGUUGGCGGGGUGAGGCGAGGAAGGGACUUUUGUUGUUUUAAUACGGUAUCCAGGGUUGGGGUAUGAGUGUGUGUCUGUGUGACAAGAGCGAGAGGAAGGGGGGGGGGACAAAGGCACUCGCUGGGGGGCUCCUUCCGUUCUUUUAAAGCCGGGAUAUUUCCCCCCCGCCCAAAAAAACCCACCCGGAUCUAUUCUGAGCUUGGCUGGCGAUUCUUUAGCGCGGGUUCAAAGCAUUUUUAUUUUUUUUUUGCUAACGGUGUGCAUUGCAUGUGUGAAUGCGAGAGGGACACACACACACACACACACACAAUGCACAUGGCAACUGGUAUGGAAGUUAAUGUAUUUCUCUUGCCCUCCAUUCUUCUGGAGGGGGGGUUGCCUCCCCCUCACUCACCCCCACCCCGCCUGCUUUCUCACUAGUGGUAACUCUGGACCGCUCCCCCUUCACACACACACACCCUUGUGGGGGGAGUGUCUUCUGAGGAGGGUCUCCAGAUUUCCGUUUUUAUGGCCUCUUAUUGUUCUGACCCGUUCUUGUUCCCUUGCGAAAGCAGAAGGGCGAAGUUGGGGUGGCUGGCAUCAAAAUCAGUU